AAUAACCAAGAAGUUAAUAAAUUAUUAAUUAGCAAAUCAUGACUUAUGAUUUAUUUUAACUGAAAUAAUAAUUCCUUACUGCGUAUCUCUUUUUACUACAACCUAUUUAUAUAAUAGUUUUAUUCAUCUUUGUCAUUUUAAUAUAAUUAUAGUGUAUCAUAUAAGUAAGAAAUUUCUUCCAUAAUUCAAGUUAUGGCUAGCUAUUUUGACGAACUUCACGUUGAUGAAGAUGAAAUGCCUGCUGCUCGUUCAGAGCGGUUAACAAGAGAAACGUUUAGAAUGCUUUUCGAUCACGAUCCAGCACGAUACGGUGACAUAAUCACUUUUCAAAACACACCUCCUGCAUCUAAAUCAGAAAUAGUAAAACUUAGUGCUCCUUCAUUUGAGGAACUAAUAGAUGAACAAUGUCGAAUCUGUUUAUGUCAGUAUCAACUGAAUGAAAAAGCAUUAAAUAUGCCAUGCAAUCAUAAUUUUCACGAAAACUGUCUCAAAACAUGGCUGGAAAAAAGUAAUUUUUGUCCAUUAUGUAAGUUUGAAUUAAAGACUGAUAACGAAAUGUACGAAUUGUAUAAGCAAGAGUUAAAAAAUCGACAAACAAGAGAAAAUAACAUUGCCCAACUUCAUAAUUCUAUGUUCUCAUAAAAAUUAUAAAAAUAAUAACCAUUCAUAAGGUGUAUAAUAUAGAUACUUACUUUAUAAAUACUUAAUG